GUAACUAUUGUAAACAACAUGGCUGACUAGAAUUUUUUUUCAUUGACAUUGUCUGUUCUUUUUUAUUUGGCUAAAAGUUACACAGAUUCUAUCUUUUACAUCUGAAAAUGUGACAUGAAGUAUAUCUGUUUGACAAAUUUCAACUCUCGAAAUGGCAAAAGCAAAUGUGAAGAAUAACCCCAAGGAAAAUGGUCUUCAAGUUCUAGGAGAAAAUGAAGAUACAUUUAAUUUCUCUAAUAGUGCCAGUCAGAAAAACCCACCUGUCUCUAGUCGAUCAUCAUCCCAAGCUAGUAGAAGGACACCAACUCCAACAAAACAAAUUUCACUUACAGCUGUCAGGAGAAGAGAAGAAAGUUUUCAUCAAGAAGAUGACCCCUCUAAGGUUGAAGAGCUGAGGAAAUCCAUGAAAUUAGAAGCAGAGAGGAGUUUUGUUAAAGAACCAACAGAUCUGAAUGAGUUUGUUGUUGAAAGAAAUACAGCUGGAAGUCAUGUGACAAAGACUAAGAAAACUUCAAGACACAACUGCUAUCAUAAUGGGGAUGUUGAAACUGCAGUACAGAAUGAGAAGAAAAAACCAAUACCUGAAAUGCCAAAGAAACCAGUUGAUAAAGCAACAUCGAACACUACAGACAAAAAGAAAGAAGAAAGUAGCAGUGAAGAAAGUAGUGAUGAAGAAGAGGAAGAAAGAAAAGCCCCAAAUCAGUUGUUGAUGGAAUUUUUAGAAUGUAUAUAUGCAAAAGACUUUCCUACUGCUGCAAAGUUAUGUAAAAUGAUUUUGAUAUUUGAACCUGAUCACCCAGUGGCCUUGCAAUUCCAACCUGUAAUUGAAGAAAAAAUUCAACAAGACAUAGAGGCUGAACAAGAAGGAGAAGGAAGUGAUGAAUCAGGUUCAGAUGAGGAGGAUAGUGGAGAGGAGGAUGACUCUGAUAGUGAUGAUGAUGAUAGUGACAGCGAUGAUAGUGAUGAUAGCGAUGAUGAUGAUGACGACAAAAAUGAUGAUGGUGACAAUGAAAAUGAGGACAAUCAAAACAGUGAUGAUUCUGCUGUGGGUGGAACAGAGGAUUCUGGAAUAGCUUCUACUGAAUCAUCAGACAGAGAUUUCUAUGAAAUGUGACAUUUAUAAGCUCUUUACCUACAUUCUCCUAAGAACCAUAGGUUCAUAUCAUGACCCAUCAGUCAUUAUCAUAAAUAUCAUUAAUAGUAAGUCAAAUUUGGUUCAUUUUACUUCCUGAGUGUGAUAAACUAGGAAAUGCAAGUUUUUCUAUUUGCCAAAUAUAUGCGGGUUUUUUUCAAAAAAGCUUUUAGUUAUGCUUGGACAUUCUAUUGAGUUUGAAAUAAAUGAAAAAUGAAUAUUUUUAGGUAUGUUGAUCAUUUGUUUUGUAUUAAACCUAUAAAUUUCAAAUUGCCCUGAGAGGUCAACUUUUGAAAAAAUAAAACCUAACAAUUCAGCCAACUAACCAUAAUUUAGAAUUUUUCCUUUAUCUCUCAGUUUUGAGGACACUGGGUGGACAUACAUUAUGUGAUAUUACCCUGGCUGUCAAAUAAAGCAUUGUUGAUAUAUUUUAAAAGAUCUUGAAUAUUUUGGUAUUUUUUAUCUGUCUUGUACAUGUGUCAGUUAAAGAAUCAUAGCAUGUCAUCCAAACAUGCCUUUUGAUUUGAAUUAUAUUUCAGAGUCCAAAUUUCUUGUUAACAUUGUCCAAUAUAUAAAAACUCCUCCAUCAAGUAGUAGUUCAAACCAUUGGUUGACAAGACUCGUUUUUAGAUGCCUUGAAUUGCUAUACACAUUUUACCUCAGGACAAUAAUCUGGAAAGAAAUAAUUGAUAGAUUAACUUUAAAAAGAUGAAUUUAAGAACUACUUUUCUUACUUCUUUUUAAGCCACUAUAAACAGAAAAGAAUACCAAUAAAAGUAAAAGAAUGUUGUUCAUAUAUCAUUAUAAGGGAUAUAGCUUGUCUUUAGCAUCUCUCAUCUAGUUCAUUAAAGACACAUUGUAAUGUCUCUUUUUUUCAUUUUUAUACAAAUUUUCCAUAAUGCAUCUUCAAGCUCUAAAAUUCUAUUAAAAUGAUGUAUAAUGUACUGUUAUCUCUAAAGAGAAUAUUAAGGCUUCAAAAACCAAAUGUUUAUUUUGUCAUAUCAUAUUAAAAGAGUGUAUUAGUAUAAUCAUAUAGUGAAAUGCAAAACGAGUGCUUGAGGUAACAAAUGAAUUGUAAUACUGUAAAUUCAGAAAUUAUUGCAUGCACUUAUUAUUGCGAUUUCAUUCCACACACAAAUGUGAUUUAAAUCUUUGCGAUAUUGAGAAAAAUCUUUUUUUAUUCAUAUAAAAUAUUUCAAAAUGUGAGUUUAAAUUAUUGCGAUUAUAACCCUGUCGCAUUUUUCGCAAUAAUAUAAACAUCGCAAUAAUUUCUGAAAUUACAGUAAAUAAUUGUAUGUUUGAAUGAACAAAAUAAAAUAUUAUAAGUAUGUGAAUUUUAGAUGAUAAAGAAUAGUGCUUGUCCUUAAGCUGUAAGCUGAAAUAUCUGUGAUAUUUAUAUUUUAUACAUACUUACUAUUUUGUAUUGAUAAAUAAAUGUUUGUGUGUUCAUCUUGACCUGGUUUAUUAAGUCAUAUACUAGUAUGCAGAAAUGUCUGUAAAUUGAACUGUUCAUCUUGACUUGGUUUUAUUCAGAGUAGAAAUAAAUGUUUUUGUGCUCA